ACACUCAGGCAAUGCUUUAAUGCAUACUAAUGCAAUGAGUUUUGUCAUCCUGUGGAGAACUCAUACUGACUGCAGCCAGAAAGAAGACAUUGGGUAUAUUGAUGUCCUGUGUUGACACUUCUUUGAUCUGCUUCGGGAUUGAGUGAAUGCUGCUCUGCAUGCGACACCUGGAAGAAGCGCUGCUGUGAGGAUGUAACUUUGAGGUGUUCAAAAGUGAGGUGGAAUUUCUCCUUUGUCCUGCUGGAUUUUUAUCGGAGUCCUGGUAACUCAAGAAGGCUAUCUUGUACUCUCUGAAGGGUAUCAGAGUGCGUAGAAUUUGGGGAGACAAGAGCACACAACGAUGCUGCUGAAAGGAAUCUGAGCCACAGAGCAUGCUUUGUGCCACAGUUACCCAGGUGCUGAAUGCUGUCUACAAACUACUUUGUCGAUGAAGGAAGAAAUUGAUUGGGAAUUGAAAGCGCGAGCUAGUUCAUAAUACUGGUCAACAUGCGCAAAGGGGUGCCAAAGGACCCAGAAAUAGCUGACCUGUUCUACAAAGAUGAUCCUGAAGAAAUAUUUGUGGGUUUACAUGAAAUCGGACAUGGAAGUUUCGGAGCAGUUUACUUUGCUACAAAUUCCCACACUAAUGAGGUGGUGGCAGUCAAGAAAAUGUCCUACAGUGGGAAGCAAACGAACGAGAAAUGGCAGGAUAUCAUUAAAGAAGUCAAGUUUCUACAACAGCUGAAGCACCCCAACACCAUAGAGUAUAAGGGCUGUUACCUGAAAGAGCAUACUGCAUGGUUGGUUAUGGAGUACUGUUUAGGAUCAGCUUCUGAUUUGCUAGAAGUUCACAAGAAGCCACUUCAGGAAGUGGAGAUUGCUGCCAUCACCCACGGUGCCUUGCAGGGGCUGGCCUACCUGCACUCUCACUGUAAGAUUCAUAGGGAUAUUAAAGCUGGAAAUAUUCUUCUAACAGAACCAGGUCAAGUGAAACUAGCUGAUUUUGGGUCUGCAUCUAUAGUCUCCCCUGCCAAUUCUUUUGUGGGAACGCCUUACUGGAUGGCACCAGAGGUGAUCCUUGCUAUGGACGAAGGGCAGUAUGAUGGAAAGGUGGACGUCUGGUCCCUUGGGAUCACGUGUAUUGAGUUAGCUGAAAGGAAGCCUCCACUUUUCAACAUGAAUGCAAUGAGUGCCUUAUAUCACAUAGCCCAGAAUGAUUCCCCUACGUUACAGUCAAAUGAAUGGUCAGACUCCUUUAGGGGAUUUGUUGAUUACUGCUUACAGAAAAUACCUCAGGAAAGGCCAUCAUCAACAGAUCUAUUACGGCAUGAUUUUGUUCGCCGAGACCGACCACCAAGGGUACUAAUAGACCUCAUACAAAGGACAAAAGAUGCAGUACGUGAACUGGAUAACCUUCAGUACCGGAAAAUGAAGAAAAUCCUUUUCCAAGAGACACGGAAUGGCCCACUAACCGAGUCUCAAGAGGAGGAGGAGGACAGUGAGCAUGGAUCAAACCUGAGUAGGAAGAUGGACAGUCUGGGCAGCAACCACUCCAUCCCGAGCAUGUCCGUGAGCACAGGCAGUCAGAGCAGCAGUGUGAGCAGCAUGCAGGAGGUCCUGGAUGAGAGCAGCCCUGAACUGGUCAUGAUGCAUAGUGACGAGAGCACAAUUAAUUCCACUUCCUCCGUUGUUCAUAAGAAGGAUCAUGUAUUUAUAAGGGAUGAGGUGGGCCACAGGGAUCGCAGGCCUGAGGUGCGGCCUACCCAGUCAGUGCAGAAUCAGGCCCUCCACUACCGGAACCGAGAGCGCUUUGCCACAAUCAAAUCAGCGUCUUUGGUUACAAGGCAGAUCCAUGAGCAUGAGCAGGAGAACGAGUUGCGGGAACAGAUGUCAGGAUAUAAGCGGAUGCGGCGCCAGCACCAGAAGCAGCUGAUCGCCCUGGAAAACAAGUUGAAGGCCGAGAUGGAUGAGCACCGCCUCAAGCUGCAGAAGGAGGUGGAGACGCAUGCCAACAACUCGUCCAUUGAGCUGGAGAAGCUGGCCAAGAAGCAAGUGGCUGUGAUGGAGAAAGAGGCAAAGACAGCUGCAGCAGAUGAAAAGAAAUUCCAGCAACAGAUUUUGGCUCAGCAGAAGAAAGACCUGGCGACCUUUUUAGAAAGUCAGAAGAAACAAUACAAGCUUUGCAAGGAAAAGAUUAAAGAGGAAAUGAAUGAGGACCACAGCACACCGAAGAAAGAGAAGCAGGAAAGAAUAUCCAAACACAAAGAGAACCUGCAGCACACACAGGCUGAAGAGGAGGCCCAUCUUCUCAGCCAGCAGAGACUCUACUACGACAAAAACUGCCGUUUCUUCAAGAGAAAAACGAUGAUCAAGAGGCACGAGAUGGAACAGCAGAACAUUCGGGAAGAGUUAAACAAGAAGCGGACCCAGAAAGAAAUGGAGCACGCCAUGCUGAUCCGGCACGACGAGUCGACGCGCGAGCUGGAGUACAGGCAGCUACACACGCUGCAGAAGCUGCGAAUGGACCUGAUCCGGCUGCAGCACCAGACUGAGCUCGAGAACCAGCUGGAAUACAACAAGCGGCGAGAGCGGGAGCUGCACAGGAAGCAUUUCAUGGAGCUCCGGCAGCAACCAAAGAACCUGAAGGCUAUGGAAAUGCAGAUCAAAAAGCAGUUCCAGGACACGUGCAAAGUGCAAACUAAGCAGUACAAAGCACUGAAGAAUCACCAGCUGGAAGUAACUCCAAAGAGUGAGCACAAGACAAUUUUGAAGAGCCUGAAGGACGAGCAGACGAGGAAGCUCGCCAUCCUGGCAGAGCAGUACGAGCAGAGCAUCAACGAGAUGAUGGCCUCGCAGGCGCUCCGGCUGGACGAGGCUCAAGAAGCGGAAUGCCAAGCCCUGAGACUGCAACUCCAGCAGGAGAUGGAGCUCCUCAACGCGUACCAGAGCAAAAUUAAGAUGCAGACAGAAGCACAGCAUGAAAGAGAACUCCAGAAGCUGGAGCAACGGGUGUCGCUGCGCAGAGCACAUCUGGAACAAAAGAUCGAAGAGGAGCUAGCUGCCCUCCAGAAGGAACGCAGCGAGAGGAUAAAGUUUCUGUUGGAAAGGCAGGAGCGAGAGAUUGAAACGUUUGACAUGGAGAGCUUGCGGAUGGGCUUUGGGAAUUUGGUCACAUUAGAAUAUCCCAAGGAGGACUAUAGAUGAGAUUAAAUUUCUUUGCCAUUUAACAAAAAAAAAGGAUAAAAAGCAAACAAAAUAAUUAUGAAACUUGCAAAACCAACAUUCCCCAUGUUAACGGGCGUGCUCUCUCUCUUUCUGUCUCUCUUACUGACAUCGUGUCGGACUAGUGCCUGUAUAUUCUUACUCCAUCAGGGGCCCCCUUUCCCCCUGUGUCAAGUCCCGGUGCAGGACAGCUCCUGGCGGUCUUUUCCAUAGUAUGUCACAGUAUUGAUGUCUCUGUGCAAUGAUUAAAAAUGUUUCAGUGAAAACUUUGGAGACAAUUUUAAUGGAAAAAAAAAAAGUGGAUGUCUGUUGCUUUUGAGCAAUCACUCAUUUUUACCACCAAUCUACGAAAGUACAAAGCAAAAAAAAAUACUCAAAUGAUAUAUACAAACCCAGGGGGAGAGAGACUAAAUCCGCAGCCUUACCUUAACUAGCUGCUGCAUUAUUUUAUUUUAUUUUUAUUUUUUUGGUAUUUAUUCAUCAGGAAUAAUUAAAUAAUAAAAAAUUUUAUUAAAGAUUGAGAAAUUUGAUACAUUUUACAGAAAAAAACUUAAUCGUGAUGUACAUAUCAGUGGUGACAUAUUAUUACUUUUUUGGGGGUGGGGAGGGGCGGGGCAAAGAUCUGGUGAUUUUUAGAAGAACCAUGCCAGGCGAGGCGGGGAUUAGACCUCGGUCCUCGGCAUAUUCUUGAUUGUAUCAUAAUCAUUUUCUGCUGUCGCAGAGAAUGUGAAUACACUUAAAUGAGCCCACAGGAUCCCAGUAGCACAAAUUGGGCUUUGUCAAAUCGUGUAUUUUGUGUAUAGAAGGAAUUUAAGGAGAGCUUUUACUUAUUUUCAUAUUGUAUUUUAACUGUUUCUCUGAUCAAAAAUUUUUUUACUUCUUUCCCCCCUUCCCUCCUGCUCCCUGCCACCCCGCCCACUUUCCGGUUCAGUACUUGGAGUUCAACACUGUCUGUCAGAUCAUCCUGAGCCCUUUCUUUUCUUUUUUUUCGUUUUUUUUUUUUUUGUUCCUCCCCCGAGUCCACCCCCAAACCCAUGAUCUCGGUCAUAAAUAUUGCAUUAUUCACACUUUCAAACUGUGUAUUUUCUUACAAUAAAAAGAUUAAAAAAAAAAGGCUUUACUUCUUUUGCAUGCACUUUAAAAAAAAAAAGAAAAAAAAACAACAAAAGAACAAAAAAACAUUUUUCAGGUUCAAAGGAAGAGCAUGAAUAACUGUCAGAGCUUUUAAUUAUAUUUGUAAAUAAAAGUGUUCAUCACAACGCCUCGCUGUCUCAUUGUGGGAAGGGCUCCGGGGCUGCCCCUGCCCGUUCCCCGCAGGUGGGAGCUGGGCUCGCCGUGGGCCCUUGGGGGGGAGUGGGGGUCCCACCGCAGCGCGGCUCUCGGUGGUGCACGGAGGGCGGUGACGUCCCUCCGGCCCCGUCCUUCAGCCUGCUGCUGCAGGAACCGCUGGUGGAGGAGCUCCUGGGCUGCUCCAAAGCCCUUUUUCUGGGCACGGGAGGUUUUCACGCUAACUAACGGCUUGUUGCUCUCAGCUUUUUUGCCUUUCUUCCAGCCUGAGAAGUCCCAGGCUAUGAACCAGCCCUUGCGAAGCACCGUGUAACGUAGGUGUUCCAGCACCUCCUCUCCACCUGUGUGUUUUGUCUUAUGGAUCUUAGUCUUUAUUUGGGGUGUUUCCUUGAAAAACUGUCAGUCCUGACUUUUUUUCUUUGCUGGUCCUGUGUAUAGGAGCUAUUCCAGUGGUUGUGGUGGUGGCAUAGCACAGCUGCGUGCUUACCUGCAGCCUCCACUCACAGGGUGUGCUCAGGUCUUAAUUGCAAGUACGAGGUAACCGGUUUUUACGGGGCAUCGCUGCAGCAUUUUGAGGCUUAGAACGUGUGUUUUACACACUCCUCAAUAAACAGUACCUUUGAGAAAAGAAUUUAAAAAAAGGGGGAAAGGCUUCUGUUUCUGUGAAGCAGAAUCACAUUAGCUUCAUUUUUUUUUAAUUAAGACAGCCAUGAGUUGUGGUUCAUUUUCUGUCGAGUGCUGAGGAACCACCACCAGGCCUCGCCACCUGCAGGCUGGUGGAGGAGCAAAGCACAACUGCAGCCCUGCAGCCCGGCUGGGAAGCACCUUCAGGUGAGUAACUGGUGGUCCUUAGCACAGGAGGCGACAUCUGCAACUAAGAGUGGAACCUGUGAGCAAAUGCUGCCCCACGAGCAGCAAGUAAUGCAAAUGUUCGUAGUGGUGGAGGUUUUUGGGGGGUAAGCGACGCUGUCCUGGCUAUAAGGACGUGCCUGCCUUGAGCUCCAUUCCUAAAGCAUCAGCACUUAUCUUCUAGGCUCAACGCGUGUUUCGGGCAGCACUGCCCAUGUGGAGCUCCCCUCGCAGGGCUCCAGCCUCGUCUCCUCCACGCCGGGAGGGGAAGGAACGGCGCCGCGCCGAGCUGCCAGCACUCCCCUCCUCCCCAAGGACACAACCACACCGCCCGCCUUGGUAAGUUUUUAAUUGCACUGCGAGCACACAUUGGGUCACAACAGAACAUGAACAAAACAAAGCCGCUCUGCUUCGAGUGGCAACAGAGAUCAGAAGAGAAUAGAGAAUCAGAAGAUAACCAGCUUCCCUGCCUCCUCCUUCUCGUUAUCUUUAACGUAAUGACUUUAGUGGUUCACCUCAUUGGCCCAGUGCUUGAGGGAGAAAACAAAAA